GGUGUUCCUUACAACGUUAUAUCCGGGAUCCAUUGUGACAUCAAUGAAGAAUAGUCAAGAAAAGCGCAUAGUGUGGAUUGUUAUAAUAGUGUGAAAGGUCACGCAUCAAAAAUAGUUUCUGAUUUGCCAUGUUAUUUCCGGCUAGUUUCAUCUUCAUAUCACAUAUCUACCUAUCAUCAGCAGCAUGUUAUGUUGGGACAACACCACAUAUAAGAUCUCUUUUAAUUAAUCGUUGUUUAGAAUAUCAAAUGACAGUUCAGCCAUCUAUAUUUUGUAAUCAACGCAGAAACUGUACUUUAAUAGCAGAUCAGUUUUUAGAAUCAUUCCGUUUUCAAGAAACAUGCAACGUGUCAUCCUUACGUUUUGGACAAUACCUGGAAUUAACCCACCACGAUACGCCACCAAAUAUGGUUUUAUUCUGGGAAGAUGUCUACCCUGCAGUUAAAAUGUACAGCAAUAAUGGUAGAAGACUAAUGCCGAUAUCAGACACAUUUUACGGUUAUCUACCCGACGAUGUAUUUUUCUGUGCGACAACAGAAACCCCGGGAAUUAUCUUUAAUGAGACAUGUCCUAAUUUCAGCGAUACAAAAACAUGUCCACAAAAUGCUGAAUAUUCCUUUUGGGUAGCGGCUUCCCAACAGUAUGCUUCUAGUGCUGUUGGCAAAGUACACAUCAUGUUCAACUCUUCAAUGGAGACACCCUUUGUGAAUGAUUCAUUUUUCGCCACAUGGGAAUUACCUAAUAUAAACUCUACUACUGUGACAUCGGCUGAGAUACUCUUAGUUCAUUAUCCUGGACAGUCAGUUCGUUCCAAAUGCUCAGGCCAGUCAAUUACAGAGUUAAAGAACAAGUUGCAGGAAAGAGGCAUUACCACUGUAUGCCAUGAUUCCCCCAGAAGAGUGCAGUUGGUAUUUUGUGGUGAUUAUCCAGACAACAAAGAAUGUUUGUCUCUUAUUUCCAGUUCAUCUCCAAACAUAACCCCAUCUCUAAUAUUCUUUUCAUAUUCAUUGCUUUUAUAUUACUAUAUUUAAAUAAUUAGAUAUGUUAUUGUUCUAAUAUUUCAUAACGAGAGCCCGUUUUUAAUUAAUUAGAUUUAUAAAAUGUUGGGAAUAGCCAUAACGCAAAUUAUAUCUGCAUGUUAUGUUAUUGUUCUAGUAUUCUUUUUAUAUCCAUUGCUUUUAUAUUACUAUAUUUAAAUAUUUAGAUAUGUUAUUGUUCUAAUAUUUCAUAACAAGGGCCCGUUUUUAAUUAAUUAGAUUUAUAAAAUGUUGGGAAUAGCCAUAACGCUAAUGAUGUCUGCAUAUUGUUCUAGUAUUCUUUUUAUAUUCAUUGCUUUUAUAUUACUAUAUUUAAGUAUUUAGAUAUGUUAUUGUUUUAAUAUUUCAUAACAAGAGCCCGUUUUUAAUUAAUUAGAUUUAUAAAAUGUUGGGAAUAGCCAUAACGCUAAUGAUGUCUGCAUAUUAUGUUAUUGUUCUAGUAUUCUUUUUAUAUUCACUGCUUUUAUAUUACCAUAUUUAAAUAAUUAGAUAUGUUAUUGUUUUAAUAUUUCAUAACAAAGAGUCAGUUUUAAUUAAUUAGUUUUAUAAAAUGUUAGAAAUAGCUAUAACGCUAAUGAUGUCUAUAUGUAAGUCGACAUUAAAAUAUCUAAAGUUGAUAA